GAUAACAUGAAAAUGAAAAAACUGUGUGCGGUUUUAUUUUUUUCAAUAUUUUUUCUUUCGGUGUCAGGUGCAUUUCUUUCAGACGGCAUCGAAGAAUUUCGUUUUACAAAAGCACCGGAUGAUAGUGAUGAAUAUGAUUUUGAAUAUGACCGAGAUGGCGGUUAUACUUUUCGUGGAAGAACUUUCAUUUUAAAUGACCUAAAUGAUCACAUCUACAUAAUGUUCGGUGCUGACGACGUUCUUUAUUGGGUUAAAUUUACCGACGACGAAUAUAAAUACAAGCAAUGCCUCAUGAAAACAGUUCGGCUAAUUGAAAGAACAGAGAAUAAACUUAUGUUCAGAGAUGAUUUUAUUCAAUACGACCUUACCAUUUCUAAAGGCUUUAUGUUCGUUUCACCGUACCAAACACAAUGGAAUUUUGAGAAAAUUUGUUUCAGCAAAAGUGCGCAUGGAAAUCAAACUUUCAACUACGUCCUUUUAGCAACAAAUAAUUCGAGACAAUAUAAUGGCACAACAGAUUACACAACAAAUGAUCCAGUGGAUCCACAUGUGCAGCUCAUACAUGUAGAAGAUGGUGUUCAGACCAAUGGUGUAUAUGAAGUAAAUUUUACAGAUAGUGAACUCAGUACGAAUAACAUGUUUUGUAAGGGAAUUUCGAAAAAAAUAUCUGAGACGGGCGUCUUAGGAGCAUAUCCAGUGAGCAACAUAAAUCCAGAUCUAAUAAAAUCUUUGGUUGGUUAAAAUAUAAAUAGUACAAUGAAAUAAUUCACUAUUGUUUUGGAG